ACCCCCCAGCCCCCCCGGGGGUCGCCGCUCUCCCUCCCGGCUCCGCCAGGGGGCGCUGUGACCCCGCAGGGAGGCGGGACCAGCUCCAGGCGCUCCCAUUGGUCACCCUCCCGGUUUGAUUGACGCCCAGCUCGCCCAAUGGGAGGCGCGGAAGAAGGCGGAAGCGCUCGGGGCGGAAGCGGAAGUGGAGCGGGGAGAGCAGCGAUGGCGGCGGCCUGGGGCAGGCUCGGGGCCCUCAGCGGAGCCGCCGCCAUGGCGGGCGCGGCCUACGGGGCCCACGGAAUGCGCCGCAGUGACCGGGACGAGUAUCAGAAAGAGCUCUACGACACCGCCAAUCGCUUCCACCUCCUGCACAGCCUGGCCCUGCUGGCGACCCCGCACUGCCGCCGCCCACACCUGGCCGGCUCCCUGCUCGUGGCGGGUCUGGGGCUCUUCUGUGGCCCCUUUUACUUCCACGGCCUCACCGGGGACCCCAAAUUCAACCGGGCGGCGCCGCUGGGGGGGACCCUGCUCAUCCUGGGCUGGGCCGCCAUGGCCCUCUGAGAGCCAAAAACGGGAAAAAAACAGCAAAAACGGACAAAAAAUGGCAAAAAUAGAGAAAAAACGGACAAAAAUGGGUAAAAAAUAAUCAAAAAUGGACCAAAAAAUCAUCCAGAACUGCCUGAGAAUCGACCCUGCUGAUGCUGGGCCGCCAUGGCCCUCUGAGAGCCAAAAAUGGACAAAAAUCAUAAAAAAUGGAGGAAAAGUGAUCAGAACCACCUGAAAACGGGCAAAAUUAUCAAAAAUACCCAGAAAUUGGAUAAACACUGCCAAGGGAGCUGAAAAAAUCAUCGAAAAAUCCACCAAGACCAUCGAAACCUGUCAAAGGAGCCUGAAAAAUAAUCGAAAAUACCCAAAAAUCUUCAAAAUUACCCAAAAAUCAUCAGAACCACUCAAAUAUCAUCCAUGGGAACUCAAAAAUCAUCAAAAUCACCCCAAACCCGCAUGGAGGACCCCAGAAUUUAUCGGGAGGGGGCUCGGACAGCCCUGGGGCAGCGGAAGGGAUUUUGGGGUGAAAUUCAGGGGAUUUGGGGCUUUCGGAGGAUUUUUUUAAUUUUUAAGGUGUUUUGGAGUUUUUAAAGGGGUUUUGGGUUUUUUAAAGAUUUUUUAAUGGCCUGGGGUCACUGGGAGUGACCGGAAGUGGCCACAGGGGUCACUGGGAGUGACCGGAAGUGACCAUCGGGGUCACCGGGAGGUCACCACUCCCAUUCGGGCGCUGCCCCUUUAAGACCCAAGGCUCCUCCCCCCAGACCUCAUUGGCGGAGCUGCCGCCCAAUGGGAGCGCUCCCUGCCGCAUCCUCGCUGCUGAUUGGGUGCGAAUAUGCACUCCCUCUGACGCCACGGCUGUUGCUGGGCGACAGCCAAUGGUGCGCCGCCUCCUCCACCCUCUUGCUCCUGAUUGGCUGAGGGUCAGGGCCUCGCCGCUGAUUGGCCGCGGUGCCAGAAUCGCGAACCAAUAAACGAUCAAGUUUA